AUGGCUACUACGUCACCUGUUCCAGAGAUAGAGCAGCGCAAGCGCUUGCCGACUCUCUUUGAGGUUCUGAGCCGCUACACUCUCGCUCCAGUCGAUCUUUUUUCUUUCUACAUUUACAUGCGUGACCAGCAGCGUGCUGUUGAUUAUCUAGACUUCUGGCUCGAUGUUUCCCAGCACAUGUCUCUAUGCCGGCAUUAUGUCCGUGAGCUGCGACGAUCGGUUCUCGUAGCCACUCCCGAAUUGGAGAAGGCAGGCAGCAAGCGCUCAUCAGCUAUUCUGGAGAACCUGGGCGAUAUUCCUUUGACCGAGGCGGGUCCCUCUGGCUUUCGCGGCAAGGAUUCGAGCGAGAAAGAGGCCGAUCAGAGACUAUCUGCCUUUCUACGGUCCGAGAAUCAAUCUCAGCAUUCUCCUCAGGGCAGCCUGGACUCUGCUGCCAAAGUUCCGUCGAACGAACGCCCACCACGUCCCAGCUUCAUGAAUUCCACUCCUGAAACCCGAAACGACUCCUCAAAUUCUCCGGGUCACACCGUGGCCAGGUCCGAUAUCCGCCGCAGCGCCGAGAAGAUCUUGUACACCUAUAUUCUACCGGGCUCCGAGCGUGAGAUUAUUCUUCCUGAGGAAAUGGUGAAUUCAAUCAUCGAUAUGGUUGAACGGGAAGGCAGAGAUGAUCCAGAAGUAUUCGAUACCGCCAAGGAUUAUGUCUUUCAGGCCAUGGAACGGGAUGCUUUCCCUGGAUUCUUGCAGGCAAAGGCUCUGGGGAACCUUGUUCCUCUAAGUAUUUUGGCACGUUUGGCAUUCGCUCUGGCCAGCUUUGGAGGAGCAUUCUGGGGCGCCUUCUUCGUGGUUUUGACGGACAAACCAAGGCAUAUUCGAUGCUGGGUUAUCUUGCCUUUUGCAAUUGCGUCGUAUUUCAUAGCCUCCUACCAAUACAAGAUCGAUCCGAUCAUGGCACUCCUCGGUUUCAGUGAAUACACAUUCAUGAACUGGGCAAGUAUUCGCGAGCCCUAUGUCCGCACACUGCUCAAUAAGCGCGCCACAGCGACACUGCUGCUAGCAGUUUUUCUUGCUGUCGCCCUUAGCGUUCUGUUCAUCUUCGUACCUGGAACGAUGCUCUGA